GGCAUUUAGAAUCUAUUGUAAUCCAAAUGGAUAUGGAGAUCGACAUGUUUGACGUCCACCACGACAUUUCUUUAUAACUUGGCCCUUGAUAACUUUGAUUACUGCACUGUGUUUAUAGAGUCCACUACACUUUGAUAUAUCAAAAAUAAGUGUGAAGAGAAAUCAAAACACUUUCCACAAGACGACCGAAGRAUGAGCACAAGAUGUUUCGCUCAAAAUCACCAGUUGUUGAACCGCUUGGAGAUCAACUAGAGAAAGGCAGAAUACCUGGAAAAGAUGGCAUGAAAUUCUUUCACCUUGUAAAACUCAUUAGGAACGGGCAUGGUUACUUUACGAAGAGAAGAGAACAGUUCCAAAGCACAGUGUUCAGAGUCAACAUUGGAGUCAAGGGGAUUGCUGUUUGUGACAGAAAGGGAUUGGAAGCAUUGUUUGACCUUGAGAAGAUUUACAAAGAACCUGCUUUUGGUCGUCUGAAUUACAACUUAUCUCUACUGGACGGAUACACGCCAUCUAUUUUUACCAACGGCGUAGAACACGAGAAGCAGAAAGCUUUUCUCAUGAAGAUAUGUAAGAUCGCGCAGGAAGCGGACAUAUUGAAAACUACCAAAAACGUUGUACCGACGUACCUUGAACGCUGGCAUAAAGCAGAUGCGAAAACAAAAGCCAACUGGGAAGCAGAGAUUAUGGCCAUGACAAGUGAUAUCUUUACCGAAGCAUUUCUUGGGAUACGUGUUGACCCAGACGAUAUGCAGGGAAUGCUGAAAGGCUCUUGGACAAAAAGCAAACGCACAUUAAAAAGAAGUUUGGAAUGUGCCAAKAAAAUCAAGGAAAAGUUCAGGGAGUGUCCUAAAUUAUGCAGUAUACUUGAGCUGGCAAAAGAAAUGGGGCUGUCAGAUGAACAAGCUAUUAUGGAUAUUCUUUUUAUGCUCAACUUCAACGCGUAUGGAGGAAUAAGCGGUGCAUUGCGAUCAAGCAUUGCUUGGCUUUAUAAUCUAGAUCCACGCGUCAGACAGGAACUUGAACAAGAAAUACUCGAGAAUAUUGACAAAGAYGACGGGAUUACUGAAGAAGCCCUCAAGAAAAUGAAUUUAAUGGACAGAUAUUUACUCGAGGUGUUUCGUAUGUCUCCUCCAGUACCUGUUAUCUUCGGGAGAGCGAGAAAAGAUUUCCUGAUGGAUUCGGGUUCUGGAAGCGUACAAGUCAAAACCGGUGAGCUCCUGAUUGGGAACUGUUAUCUCGUUCAUAGAGACCCUUCUGUUUUCCACAAGCCAGAUGAAUUCAUGCCAUCGAGAUUUGAAGAUGAGAGUCUUCUUGACCACAUAGUGUUUUCUAAUGGUCCGUAUCGUGAGGCAGCCACACCUAAGAACCAUCACUGUCCAGGCAAGGAGAUUAUCUUCAUGAUUCUGAAAAGUGUAUUGAUCCAAGUCAUGAUGUGUUGUGAUUAUACCUUUACGGAAAGACCUUACUGGACAGAGAAAAGAUUAAGAAGACUUGGUUGCCCCGACAACAACAUGGAAUUAAGUAGUUUUACAUACACACCGAAAAGCCCCAUUAUCAAGGUUCAUCUUCUUGAAGUUGAAGACUUUGAUGGUAAAUAGAUAGCAAAAUUUAAUCCAGGAUUACCAAACUAUAUCAUAUUCAAUCAAUAUAAACUAUAGCCGAGAAAUAGAAACUGAAAGUCUGUGUGCAUGCUGUGCAUUUUUAUAAAGCACGCACUUCUAGCCAAUCAGAACUGAAGCAAGGAUUAUAACAGUUAUUUUAUAAAGAUAAAUAUAAACAUAUGUAAAUAAUCAUAAAUAUUGGAAAGUGUGAUGUCAUAGGAGGCAUUUGAGUUUAUUUGUCGUCAUUURUUAAUUCAMACACUUACUACUAUGAGMAAACAAAUUUGCAAWAACCUUCCUAYRAACCCUGAGUAGGACAAUGAUGUUUUAUGCAGGACGUUUUACUGCCACAGAAAAUUUUUGUAUAUUUAAGAAUACCUCCUAUAACAUCACACUUGUUAACAUAUUAAUCAUGCAUCACUUAAAUCAUWUAUCAUGUACAUAUUUUACCAUUCUACUAUUCACUUUAUGUAGAAUCAUCGUACAGGUAAGGGUGAGGGGUACUUAAAACCCCAGCUAUAGUCCCUUUCAAGUUCCUUGCACCAUCUUGAAAGGUAGCUGUGCCUUUGCAUCCAAGCGAGAUGGACGAUGAGCUUGCAAUAACGAUAGAGACAUGUGACUAAUUGUUCAAGGUGUUAAACAAGGUGUUAAAAAAGGUCUCUAUCAUUGCAAGCUCACUGUUCAUCUUGCUUCGAUGCAAAGGCAUGGCUACCUUUCAAGAUG